AGUAAAAAGAGCAAUGCUGAGUGAGAUUGCGCUAUGGAUAGACAAAGUUGAUUUAGAAGACCAAUGGUGCCAAAAAAUGGACGCACAUUAGCUGAAAGGGAACUGCACUAAUUAUGAGGGAAGAGAGGAUUUGUGAAGGAUGAAUCCACCCAUGUUUCUGUUGCACAAAACGGCGCCAGAGCACAGGAGUCGCCACUGGAUUACGCCACACUUUCGCCCGCAAGGGCUGACGCUGUGGUCAUGAUAGGCGAGUGGGAAGCACGCGUGGUGUCAAGCUCUGCCCACCGGCAUCGGAGGAGGCAAGAUGAGAGUGGAAAAGAUACGCCAAAAACGAACCAUGACGCGAAAAAGGUUCGCCUUCUAACGCUGUGGAGCAUUUUUCGUCAAUCGAGAAAAGCGGAAACUCACUCGAGGACCAGGGCUUUUAUAGUGCUUUUGUACUACCUUGUCCUGAGCGCCACAGUGGUGCAAGCGGGAGGCAAUACUGUCGGGCGUGCUUUUCUCCUGAUCCAGUCCGACACGCAGAACAAGAUUCUCUACACGACGCUCCCAAACUUUGAUGAAUCCGUUGCGAAUUCGCAGGAAGAGGAGGUUCUCACCACGGCCGAGCCGCUGGUCGACGAUCUCGAUGUACUACCUAUCCUUGAUCUCCCAGGGUAAAGUAAAGUCUCCUGGCAGGCUGUUGUACUCGUUUUGAGUAUUGCGAGUUUGCUCAUAAUUUCACUUCCUCUAUUACUACUUGUUUUCUGAAUGCCAGUACCAAGUUGCUUCGCACUUUUGUGAGAAUCUAUAUUCAAUCUAUGCUGUUGAUGUUGAUUACAGAAACCUCGUGGCAUGGCUCUCUGGUCUGACGGUAUGGAGCACUGGUUGUACGUCUAUGACGGAACCUCGCAGGAUCUGGUCAAGUACCAAUUGUCCAUAUCUGGCGAUACCCUUGCUGCUGCCCGCGUUUCCGAACCAGUCGUGCAGGGAUUGGACAUUGGCGGUCUGGCGAUAGACAAUGCGAAAAACCUGUACUUUUUUACGCUUGUUCUAGUUCACUGAUGCCUCUAGUUGUAAUUGUAUCUAGUAGGUGCUGGUUAUGCUCGCAAGCAGUUAUAGAGUCGAGGCCCGGCCCAUCUGCCUCGGUUGAAAAAAUAGCAAGCGCAGGUAUUAUAUUGGCCCAACUGGAGGCUCUUUGACGAAAAUUCCUUUCGACGAUCGCACGGCAAAGGUGGAACUUUUUGCCAACAACUUCAACAUCAACGCUGCGAAAUCCCUAGUAACGGAUGCUCUUUACGUCUUUUGGGCCAACGGCGCAACCGGGAAGGCAAGCGGCUCGGCCGUAAAAGCACCGACGAAGCUACUCCCCGCUACGCAGACAACGUAGAUCCAAAAGAUGUUCUAUUUCCCAAACGUCUUGCAUUACCAAGAACCACGUGCAGCUGUUAGUUUGCACUGCUAGGGCAUAAAACUAGGGUGUUGCGCAAGUCAAAAUCAAUUAUCAUGAUCCCUAUUUGUCACAAGAUCUGGUCUUUUCUAACAGCAGCAGUGAUUCGAAGACAGCAAUUGAAAACUACAGGUACCCCGUACAGCUUUCCAAGAAUGCAGUUGUUAGUAAUGGCAUCUGUCUGGCGCAAGGCAACGUUUUUUGGACCAGCGAGGGAACGCUCUACGUGACGCGAAAGAACAAUACGUCGCCCUUCGAUGAGUCAAAAGUGGUACUUCCGCACUUUCCGCACUGUGAAUAUUCGAUGUAGGAGAUGAGUAUUGUUGUUUCGAAUAAUGUUCUCUGACGACGUUUCACAUGGUAAUCCUCUUUUUACGCGCCCGCCUCAAACAGGGAAUAUGUCACUCGUGUCGGGACGGCUAAUCGCUGUCUGGACAAAUUUUUCGUCAACAAUGUAAGGUGAAUUCGGGUUUCGGGAAUGCUCACGGAUGUGCAGGAGAUAGCGCACGUGGUGCAAUUUAUGUCGCAGACGAGACAGGCGGUGCGGUGUUCGAGCUGCCCGUUGUACGGCAGGAAAAUUGCUACUUGAUACUCAUACAAUGAUCUUCUAAAACUUGAAGACUCAAGAAUGAUUACUAACUUACUAGGUCGUUGCAUGAUUCAUUUUCCUCCUUAUUAAUUACGAAUCAGCAUGAAGAUCAUGUGAGUUUGGUGAAUUACGAGCAUUUUCGUUAAAGAUGAAUGGAUGUGGUAUUCAUUAAGAUUUCUCUGUCUCUGUUCUAUUGCUCUAGUUUAUUUGGCUUUCAUAGAGCAACUUCGGUGACCUGAGGGAGAUCCGGACACCAACGAAGCUUCUGGAGGUCGAUAGCCCUACCCAUUUAGCCGUGCUACGCAGCUCUGCAUCAGCACGCCGUGGAACCUUGACAGUACUGUUUUUCAGCAUGAUUGCAGCGUGCUCGGUGUUGCUGGCGUAGGUUGCACGUUAGUUCGCGAUUCUGCAUGGGCAAUAUUGCGAGGGGACACGGGGCGGCUGGAAUCAUUAGGUGAGCACUCUGAUGUUUCCCAAAAUUAAGCAGGAGAGAUGGAGAUAUGGAGCUGCAACUACGAUUUCUCAUUCUUUUCCAGUUUUUUUCAGACGUUUGUUUAACAAAUUGUUUUUGUAGCGUAACAUUAACGCUCUAUCAUGUGGGGAGUAAUACUAUAACCAGGUUUGCUGUUGUUGAGGCUCAACGACAAACUGGUCUAUCCGCUUGAGUCGUAAGUCCUUCUACUUGUUAAAAUCCCACGCUGUCGAGAUGUUGUAAAUGAAUACUGAUGUUGAAUCGUGUACGGGGUGCUCACUUGAUGUUCAAGUAAGGUACAAGCCGAACAUAGAUAGAAGUACAUUGAAUUGCUCCGCGUCCUUGUCUGAUUGACAGGCCUUCCGCACCAGGAAGAGUAACCAAUUGGCGUGAGGAAGAUGAAAUUGCCACAUAGCGGGAGUACGAAGAGAUCUAUGGUGACGUUGUGUUUUGCGAAAAUCCUCUAAAGUUCUAGACUGCAAAAUGAUAGAAGAAAUCCCGAGAGCCUGAAUGCUUCUCGCGGUUCUACAAC